CAAAUGUGUUGAAUGCGCUCUAAGCACAAAAGUCCUCAUUUUUUUUUUGUGCAUACUUAAUGCUGAUACUUGAUAUUUAAUCACAUGAUUUUGAUUUUUGAUCAUAUUUUAUUCCUUGGCUUACAUUUCACUUGCGGAAUGUGAUUGUUUCUAAUCUAAAGCAGAUACACUGGAAAAAGGAUCCCAAAGCGUUCGCCUCAGUUCAAGUUCAACCUUCAACUGAAUCUAACCUAAGCUCUGGAGAGUGGAGAGGCUCAGGACGAGACGACCCCCGCCCCUGUCGUCUUGUGCUCCGACUUGUGAGCUGCCCUGAGUCUACUCAAUGGAGGAGCGCCCGCCCAGGACGAUGCCGGUGCCGCCGGGUCCGCUGGCGCUGCUGCGCUGCCGUCCCCAGGACGUGUUCUCGACGCUGGAGGGUGACGAGCCGAUGGCCAGCCAGCCCGACUCGUACUGUUGCCGGUUCUGCCCGCGGCCCGGCAGUCGGCACGUGCUCGUCUCCGCCGAUGAAGACGGGGCGAUUAAACUGUGGGACUCGCGGCCGACCGCCCCGCAGCGCGUUAUCCAUGCCGAGGCGGCGCACACUAACGCCAUCUACGAGCUGGACUGGUCUCACGACGGUCGGCACCUGCUCUCGGCCGCCGGGGACCGCACCGUCAAACUGUGGGAUGUCGGAGAGGCGCAGCUGACUCAACUGGCCGUGUUCUCACGUCACUCGCGAACGGUGAAGACGGUCACCUUCCUGCAGGAGGAUCCCUGUGUGUUUGCCUCGGGCGGCAGGGACGGUGCCGUUAUUGUCUGGGAUGUGAGAGUCACCAAACAAGUCAGCCACGAGAUCCGGCCGAAAAGGCUCGACCCAGACUCUCGUUUGCGCGGCGCGUCUGCGGCUCGCCCCGCGGAGUCUACCGACACCAUUAGUUCACUGGCGUUCCGGGACGGCACUUACCUCCUGUCGGCGGCCAGCGGGGCCAGCGCGGUGAGCGUAUGGGACCUGCGCAAACUCUACUCGAUAGCACAGCGUCAGCCGCCGCCCGUGUACUGCCUGGACGGAGCCGAGCCCGGCCGAGGGGUGGUUUCCGUGACAACCGACCGAGAGCAGGGCCAGCUGUACGUCAGCCGUAUUAAUGACGUCAUCCAGCGAUACAGUAUGACCAGCUGGACGGCAGACCCCGCGGGCACCUUUUCGGGGGCGCAGUGCGGCUCGUUUUUCGUGCGCUGCUCCGUGUCGCCGAACGGCGGCUGGCUGGCGGCCGGCGGCUCGGACCACUCGGCUCGACUGUGGUCCACGCGCACCGCGGGGCCGCCCGUCGGCAGACUCGGCGGUCACACAGACGAGGUCACCUGUGUGGCCUGGAGCUCCGACUCUAACACGCUGGCGACCGUGUCUGACGACCAGCACCUGCGCCUGUGGCGCACCGACCCCUGUCCCGGAGACACUGACACGAGGGAGGACACAUCCGUCCUCACCAUGGAGCGCCUGGAGCCGCCCGCGUGUAGCAUGUGUGGCAGCUGCGGUCCCUCGCCCGGGGCGACCCCGCCACUGCCGCUGUACCCCCUCUGCCGCGAGACGGGCAUACGGUGGCGACCGGCGCCGCUCCGUGUGUUGUACGGGUCGCCCGGCGCCGCCGCCUCGGUCCGGCAGGGUGGGAGGGGGACUCAGACCUCCGCCGCCGCCGCGAGGUCGUCGGUCCUCUCCAGCUGGGUUUCAGCUCAGAAGGAGACACCCGAACCGACAGCUGCGAGAACCUCUCCUAGAAAGCGCCAGGUGGAAGGAGAUGGAACAGAGGAUAGGCCGAGCAGCAGAGGGCAUUUGUCGCUGGCAUUGAGCCCGUCCAAGAUGUGUUUUUCUCCGGGAAGUGCGUCCAGGAGUGGUCAGUCGACGCCCGUUAAAAGUCCGUUCAAGAGGUUCGCGGUGACGCUGAGUCCCUCCAAAGCGAGCACCUCCGCCGCGGGAGCGGUCUCGCCCACCGGGGGCAGUCCCGGCUGCUCGAGCUGGAGUCCCACUCGACGCUCUCUCAGACUCUCGCCUUCCAAGAGUGGUCGAGCGGGGACACCGACAGAUAGUCUGGGAGCCUCCUCGACGGCUGGCUCCCCGAGACGCUCCGUGCUGGGGGAUGUGAAUGACGAGCGCGUGGUCACCCCGACCCCUCCGGCGCUGCGCUGGUCGCCCACGAGGGCAGCCGUCACCCCGUCGUCAGACCCCGCCGGGGGUCUGUCCCGGUCCCCUCACACGCCAGCCCGCCGCUCGCCGCGGAAGACGCCGGCCAAGGUUCUGUUCUCGGCCAGUCCGGCGGCUCGCGGCGCCGCCUGCCUCACCCCGGAGACGGGCCGACGGCGGCCGGCCGACCAGUACCGAUCUCCGACGGCCGACCUGCCGAAUUUCGUGCUGGAUGGUCGCUCGCCGCACCGUCCUCUGCCGUCGCGGCCCCGCCGCCAGCCGCAGCCCAACUGGCUCACCUGUCUGUCGCAGAGGAAACGGGCGCAGCAGAGCCCCGCGGCGGCGCCUCCGGCCGCCAAACGCAGUCGUCGGCCGGCCAGAGGAAGGAAACAGACGCCCGGGUGAGUGUACCGAACAGGUGCGUGUGUGAGUGCGUGCACGCGUGCGUGGGUGCGUGGGUAUGUCUAUUUUGUGCGCGGGAUUAGGAGUGGUAUUGUCGAGAUUGCGACCAAUGGUAGACCCGAAGAAGAAAAUGUUCAGCCUACUUUCGCUGCUGGCUUUAGGAACACAUUCCUGUAGUUUUCGGGUAUUUGGCUUACUCUGCGAAGUUCAAAACCGUAGAACUCUUCAAGCUGUUGAGCCUUCCAACGUUUGUAGUAUUCGUUGCUAAUGGUUAUAAAUCUGAACGAUAGGUGCGUCAGAUUUUUUUUUUUGUAAGGUUGGCUCUGUCGCAGUAUUACAUUUUGAUUGGUUGGUAAUUGGUAUUGUCUGCUCUGCUACGAACAUCGACAAUAUUCGGACGUUUUUAACCGUAAAUGUGUAGCCUUUAAGGGGCUGGCUGUGUAUGCAUUUGUAAACAUUUACAUUUUAAUAAAUACUGAUGAACUUUGAACAUCAA